UGACAGUUCGGUAAUAACAAAGAGUAUUCGGUCCUUCCAGCGGUAGAUGGUGCUGUUUCUAUUGAACAGCACUUUGAAGCAUCAACUGUAUGGAGAAGCGGAUGAGGUGGAGGCAAAACGUUUUAUAUUGUUCGCGUAGUAAAUAUACAAAGUGCUACUUUUUUAUUAGUGACAAAUUACAAAAACAUCAGUAUCAACAGGAAUGGGAUGUUGCUGUGGAGAAAUACGAACAAACCCGGGUCAAGACUUCUGUGGAAGGCCAGUGAAAUGACAGAAGAGUGUUUGCCUCUGCUUGCAUGCUGAGGUUUGAUAAGAACAAGAAGUACUGUCAUCAAGGGGGGUUUAGAGCAAACAGGACAUUGCCUGGUAAAGAAAGCAUAUCUAUAUACUGUGUCCACAAAGUGGAAAAAUGGCUGAUCUGCACUUCAGUUCCAAGCUCCCGUCACAUGUCUACAACGUCACUCCAAUGGUGGGGGAGCAUCUGUGUUUGAAUGGCACUCUGUGGAUUAUGUACCUGUUGGAGGAGUGUGUGGACAAUGUGUGGGAGUAUUGCAGUGUUGUCAUUGGACUCAUCUCCAUGGUCUCUUUUCUCUUUGCUUCCUUGCCACAGCUCUAUGUAGCCUACAGAAAUGGGAGAGUGGACCAGGCUCUUUCUCUGGCGUUCCUGUUGUUUUUACUUGGCGGCGACCUCAAUAACUUUGUUGGGUGCUAUCUAACCAAUCAGCUGCCAGUUCAGCUUGUUACUGCAAUCUUUUACGUCUGCAUGGAUAUAAUUAUGAUCUCCCAGUUUCUUUAUUAUAAACUACAGAAUCGGAGGACUCGAAAAAUCCCUCUAUUGAAGUGGAUCUGUUUAAGCUGGGUUGCAGCCUGUGUAUUGGUGGCCAUCGUGCUACCUGAAAGACUGCUCAGAGUACAGGAAACAAAGGUUUUAAAUGCACAGAUGAAUCCCUUUGAUCUAAUGGAAAUCUCAGGCUAUAUCUGUGGCUACCUGUCAUGUAUAUUCUACCUUGGAUCUCGGUUUCCACAGCUAUAUAAGAAUUUUAAAAGAAAGUCAACAGAAGGCACCUCUUACUUGUUGUUUGCCCUGGCUAUGAUGGGGAACAGCACGUAUGGGCUGAGCCUACUUGUGAAACUACCUGGUCUGAAGGGUCCGAAGAACAUCUUCAUUCUCGAUCAUUUGGCCUGGUUGAUUGGCAGCUUCGGGGUACUUUUCCUGGACUUUUUUAUCACUGCACAGUUCAUCCUGUAUCGGAAGCACAAAUACACUGGACCAAGCUUUGUGGCCUUGAAGAAAAUCCCAGAGGUGGAACCACUCCUCUGUGAUGAAGAGGAGGCCUGAAAAAUGUUGCACAAAGUGUUUGAACUUCAGUCUUGCAUUUCAAAGUGUUUUGAACUGCAAAAAAACAUGCAAUAUUUUGACAUACACACUAAUACUGUAUUUAGUAAUAAGCUGUACAUAUAGUGGGUUGAUAUGGAAUUAAGGUUUUCGCGAAUAGCCUGUUUUUUCUGAAAGACCAGUGAAUGUUUACAGUACCUUCUUAUUAAACCAAGCCAAUUAUUAUUUUUUUUGCUUACUUGAAAUAUCAUAUAGUUAGCUUAAUUUUAUUGCAUAUACAUCUAUGUAGCAUGUAGCAAACAGUUAUAGUAAGUGGGGUUGUAGUAGGUUUCCAUCUCUCUUACAGAGCAUGGUUUUCCAUCUCUAGUUGUUCAGGAAAGCUGAGCUAGUAGUUCCAAGUUCAAUUAAGUUAUUGAGAACCGGGUGCAUCUCUUGAGGGAAAUAAGCAGGGUGCCAAGUAGAUUUUUCCAUCUUUAUUUAUUGCCAUAAUAAUUAAUUGGUUAAGCAAAACUAAACUACCUUUAUUUU